CAGACCAGUAUGUGGACGUCUGACGCUUGCUUUCAAGUAGCUUUGUCGGCGUUUCUCUCCAAGAAACCGCGUCCGAGCGGAAAGUCGGCAGGAGGAAUCAGGCUUCUUAGCCGUCAAGGAAUGGUUGUUUUUCCUGCAAGCGGGACAUGAACAUCACAGAAGUGGCUUCCUCACUGCUCAGGACAGAAGAGACCUUCUCUGCCUGCCUUGCACGGAUCAACAGUGUUGUCCUCAAGCCCCUGGUGCAAUCGGGUUCCUUUGAGAAUAGGAAGUUUUUUCUACUGCUGAAUGACCACUUCCAAGCGAUAUGGGACCUGACGGAGGAGAACUACCGAAUUCUGAAGCAAAAGCUCAGCUCAGCGAAAUCCACCAGCGUCCAUGAGGUCUACCUGAUUUGGAAGGCGGACUUGUUCCUGAAUACUUAUAUCCAGUACUUCUCCGCUUUUGCCAGUUGCGUUGUCCUCCAAGGUUUUGAACACGCUGCCAGAAAUAAAAGUGAGGUCUGGAAGUCGCAUAAGCCAUCCCUGAAGCAACUCCUUGAAGAUUUCUCCCCAGAUACCUCCAUAGCAGUGGCUCUUCAUACAGUGCUGCAUAAACCCUUCCGGGAUCACCUCCAACAGUACAGCCUUGUCUUCUCCAAGCUCAAGGAAACCAGUGACCAGUGCUCAGAGAGGGAAGCAAUUACUGCCGCCGCUGAACAAUUUGCAAAUCUGCGUUCGUUCAUUGGCCAAGUCUUGGAUGAAGCUUGCCUCACCAGAAGCCUGUGGAAGUCCCUGGGCCACAAGUUCACGGAUGACCUUUGCGUUCCUGAGAGGAGGCUGCUGGAAGACAGCCGGAACGUUGUAAUCUUUGCCGGUAGAGGAAGAUCAGACCGCAUCCUGCUCUUCAGUGACAUCUUAGUACUGAUCCAGGGAAACAAUUUCCAGAGUUUUGAUCUGAAGCUCGUGUGGGUGGAUGCAACUUCCAGGGAAGCAGGAAAGCUCACUCUCCGCAUUGUCACACCGGAAGAAGAAUUCUUCCUUUUGACCAAAGAACCACAAUCACGAGCCGUGUGGCAGUGGAAGCUGAAACGGGCGGUGUGCCAGGCUUUGGACGGGAAGAGAGAUUUCCCCUUGUGGGGCAAGGCUGGCGAGGGGAGAGAGCCGCCCGUCUGCCGCUUCGCCACGUUCACUUUCAGGGGCGAGGGAAGGCUCAAGAACGCGGCCUACGAAGGAGAGUGGUGUUUGGGUAAACCACACGGCAAGGGGACGCUGAUGUGGCCUGAUGGUCGGAACUAUGUCGGCGACUUCAAAGAAGGCUUGGAACACGGGUUUGGCAUCUGCCUCGUCCCUCGUGGGUCUGAGGACCGCUACGACUGUUACAAGAGCCACUGGCGGGAAGGCCAAAGGAGCGGCUACGGGAUUUGCGAGUAUGGCAAUGAGAUGGUUUACAAAGGAUACUUCAAGGAGAACGUACGUCAAGGUUUUGGCAUCUUGGACAACCCUUCAACCACUGACCACCCGUUUAAGUACACAGGGCACUGGGGGAAUGACAAGAAAAGUGGCUACGGCAUUUGGGAUGACAGGGAGAGAGGGGAGAGGUACGUCGGGAUGUGGCAUGAGGACCAGAGACACGGGCCAGGCGUUGUGGUCAUGCAGUCCGGCGCGUGCUACCAGAGGACUUUCCACAUGGAUAAAAUGGUGGGAUCUGGGAUCCUUCUCCUGGAAGAUGAUUCCAUCUACGAGGGAAAUUUCACGAGAGACUUGACUUUUGUCGGAAAGGGAAAGUUGACAUUCCCCAACGGCUUCACUCUGGAGGGCACAUUCAGCAACAAAUCGAGCCAAGGGCUACAGACACAAGGGAUCCUGAACACCUCUGGAGAGCAGCUAGAUGACACAACAACCAAACUCCAGCUAGGUCAGGCGGAGUUCCCAGUGGAGAGAAGGUGGCCAGGGAUCUACAGCCAGUUCCUGGAAUUCAUCAGCUCAGGAGCUCAAGAAGAAAUGGAGGAGUCUUUCAUGGGGUUCCACGUGCAGACGAGCAGAGAGCUGCGGAAAUCCCAGGAGUACCUGUUCUGCCACAGAGGAACAGAAGAGGCUCCUAGGAAGGUCAACAUCCUUGAAGAACUGAUUGAACACCAGGAGAAGGAAGCCCUGCAAAGCUACAUGGAACAGGCCCUGAAGUCUUCCUUGCAUCCCUUCGGAAAGCUCUUGAAGGCUCUGACCUUGGCCUUCCAGGCCACCUACUCUGGGAUCGGGGCCAACAAGCACCUUCUCUCUAUGGCUCAAGAGGAGGUCAAGCAUUACGCGAAGGAGAUAUGGGAAUUCUACCAGGGCUUGCUGCGUCUUGCCUUGGAGGUCAGAGGUCAAGCGGCAGCUGAGCGCGUAAAAGAAAGUGACUUCAGCGGACCCGGCCUGAUCCUGCCCCUCAUCCUUCCGUGCUUCUAUCCGGAGCUCUUGAUGUUGUACAUGCUGUACCAUGAAAAGGAGGACGACCGUUACUGCCAGGGGAUAGUUGAUCUCAGUCUGUUUCCUGACGUUAAGCUGCUGGAGUUCCUGGAAGUCCAGAGACACUUCUGGCCGCUGAAAGAUCUCACACUAACAAAUAACCAGAGACGAUCCCUUGUCAAAGACCGGUGCUUCCUUUCUGCAACUGAAUGUCUACAGAAGCUGAUCACUACUGUUGACCCACGGGAAAAGCUGGACAUUCUCCAGAAGACGUACGAGGAGAUUGAGAAGACGAUCAACCGGGUGCUGGGGAAGGAAUAUAGUCUGCCCAUGGAUGACCUCUUGCCAUUGCUGAUGUAUGUUGUGACACGGGCAAGCAUACAACAUUUAGGAGCAGAGAUUCACAUGAUCAGGGACCUGAUGGACCCAGCAAAUGAAGGAGGCAUGCAUGAUUUCCUGCUUACAGCACUGGAGUCAUGCUAUGAGCUUAUCCAAAAAGAGAUAAGACUCUACCCGGGCAGGCAAGCGUUGCGUGAUUCCUGAAAGCUGCACGCCAGAAGGCACCGUUCUUGCACGCUUCAAACAACCACUGUGCUGAGGCUUCUACCACGGAAAGGGAAGGAACUUAUCACUGUUGCUGCUAGUUUUUUUUUGUAUUCGUCUUUCCUAUGGGAAGCAUGUCUGGUUUUUAGCCCAGAAUUUCUUUGAAAUUGAAAUAAGAGGCAAGUGGACACAAGGAAGUUGACUAGAUUCUGUGUGCGAUGCUCCAUUUUCUAUGGUUCAGCCGUGUCUGAACAAAGGACUUGAUUUUUGGAGAGGUAAUACUGGCCUUGCAGAAGCCAGAGAUUCUUGUGAAAGCCACCAAAACCUGGAAUU